GAACGUGGUGUUAUAUAAGGACAACAAAAUUUAUAAAUCACAACCCGUCAUUACAGAGAUAUCAUUGCUGUUUAUAUGGUUUAAUUGAGGUGAACAAACUCUCUAUGAAUGCUUUUAGUGAAACGGAUCCUUUACGUUCGGAGAACAACAUGGCGCGACACAGCGUACCGAAGAUCGUGCUGAUUAUAGCCACCAUUGUUGUGUUCGCACUCACUGCCGCCUUCAAUGGCCUAGCUGCGGCAGGAAAUGGCGGAGGAGUUUUCAACAACAGAACUGGCGACAUAUCUGACGCGUUUUACCUAGAAGUUACACCAGCUGGAUGGACGUUUACUAUCUGGGGCUUCAUAUACGCUUGGCAGGCUGCGUGGUUGGUCUACGCUCUCGUCACAAUAUGUCGACGUAAAGUCGGCACGUACGUCUAUCUUAUGCCGGUCUUCCCCAGCGUUCUGUUCUUCGCCUACAUUUUCAACAAUGUGUCAAACGUCGCUUGGCUGUUUGCAUGGGAUCAAAUGAAGCUUGCUAUAGCGUUACCGUUAAUUGCUCUUACGCCGUUGACGCUAUUCGUGUGUCUGUACUUUUCUUUCAAGACUCUGUAUGAUAAUCCCGAUUAUCUCAUCAGGAAUGGAGCUAUUGCCGAUAUCUGGCUGAUACGAUUGUUGAUACAAAACGGAAUCGCGUUUUACGCGGCAUGGGUGACCGUUGCGACAUUUAUCAACGUGGCUUUGGUGAUGACGUACAAGAACGGGGACCUCGUUAAUACCGCAGUGCCGCAAGACGUUUCGAGCACGGUGUUCCUGUCAGUAGUUCUUGUGGUCAUUGUGGUGUGGUUUAGUCUUGACAUGUCAUUCCUGGACAAAUAUACGAGGUACACAUUCGCACCGUACAUCACGUGGACUGUGGCGCUAGCUGGAAUUAUUUCAAAGAACUAUGACCUUGACACUGCAUACAGAAAUUCAAUUAUAAGCGUAGUGGUGCAGGCGGUAGCAGCGACUUGUCUUGUGGUGAAGAUACCUGUUAUGAUAUGGAGGCAUUUCAAGCGCCCCAUACAACCGCUUUUGUCAGACUUUAAACCUACAGUUUAAAACAAAAACUAACGAAACAUUAUUUUCGAUGUUAUCAAUUGUACUUGACUGUUACGAGAUGUACUUUAAUAUGUUCCGGUCCAGUGUUUUGCGAACAAAAACAGUUUUCCAUGUCAAUACUACUGUUUUCAAAUAAACUUAGCAAAAGGUGAUCGUCAAUCUGUUAAAACAAGGCACGAUCACAAUGCCAUUUUACACCGAAGAGACAAUCGGUUUGUACCUCCCGAAAACUGAGGUCAAAGAGUUUCAUCUGUCACAGCGUCGUCACCGUGUGUGCGUUAUUUUAAGUUGCAAUCUUACAGAUUUUUUACAACUUUUUUAUUUUUGUCUUGGAACGAGCCAUUUUUUGCGAAAAUCCUUGGAAACCAAUUAUUUAAGACUGCUGACUAAAACUAGAUCGCAGAUUUUUAUAUUUAAGUUCAAAAAUUGAUGUUUUGUGCAUUUUUCUUAAACCGUUAGUACCGGUUUAAGCCAACAAACAUUAAUUUUCGAACGGAAAUAUGAAACUCCGCGAUAUGAUCUUUUAUCAGCAAUCGUUUAUCAUUAGUUUAUAGAUACUUACGCCAAAAAAUGCACUUUCCAAGACAAAAAAAAUAAAAAGUUGUAAAAAUGGUAAAUCUGUGAGAGUGCAGCUUUAAAGCCACGAUUUAAUAAGCUGGUUGCAGCUAACCUAUUUCAAACUGUACAUGUAAGGAUGUUAUGCGGGGAAUGAACCCGUCGCAGUAGUUUUAUCCUGGUGAUACAUCAAACUAUAUACUAGAUAGCUGAUGGCUGUUGUCGAUUUCUUUGAUGUGAGAAGUCGACUGACAGUUUAAAGAUGUUGUAAUUGAUAUGAAAUGUAUGUGAUGGAUAACGGCGAACAUAAAACCAGGAUAUUUAAUGCUUCAACACCUUGAAAUGCUUAGUUUCUUUGCAAACAGUAGCAUAAUAUAAUUGUGUUUUUGCUUAUAUGGUUUUAAUAAAUAAAUAUGUUUUUUCAUA